AUGCACUUUUACAUAGCGGUGCUAUUGUUAGGCAUUGCGGGUGUAUUAUGUACUGGUGCUAUUCAGGCUCACGCCUUCGCCUUCGAUCUGCCGGCCAAUAAACACCGUUGUUUCGUAGAGGAGGUCCCUACGGAUAUGGAUAUGCGGGUGGCCUACGCUGCACUGCCGGGGUAUGCGCAGUUUCUGGAUGUCACGGUGACGGGUCCAGAUGAAACUUUGGUAUUUUCAGCUAAUGCACAAGAUCGUGGGGAAUUUCAUGAGUUUAUUGUUGACGGUGGAGAUUAUACAAUUUGUUUUCACUCGCGUCUGGCGCAAGGUGCAAAAUUAUCGGAUGGAAUGAAACGUACCAUUAGUGUGGAUAUACGUGUUGGAGCUGAGAUAAAUGACUACGCUGAGUUAGCUACAAAGGAAAAACUUCGUCCUAUCGAGGUGGAGUUACGUGUGCUGGAGGAUACAGUUCGCUCCAUUCACUCUGAGUACUUAUAUUUCAAGGAAAAAGAAGCGGAGAUGCGCAAUGCGAAUGAGGCUAUGACGUUUAAAGUCACCUUAUUCACUGGAUUUAUCAUCGUUAUAUUUGUUCUCUUCUCGGCUUGGGAGUUGCGACACCUGAAGUCAUACUUCAGGAAGAAACGACUUAUUGAUUGA